AUAAAUGGGAGCAUCUUUCGCAAUCCUAGCUUGCUGGCUAUAAGGAUAAAUCAAUUACAUUGGAGUAUGAAGUAUAUGAGAGUUUGUGAUAUCUGUGGAGAUGCAGGACGUGAGGAGUUGCUUGCUAUUUGUAGCAAAUGCAGUGAUGGGGCAGAGCACAUCUAUUGCACGUGUGUUGUGCUGGAUAAAGUUCCUGAAGGCAAUUGGUUGUGCGAAGAGUGCAUGCUUGAGGAGAGAAUUGAAAAAGGAGAACAACAUAAAGAUCAAAAAGCAGCUAGAACAUCAAAAGCAUCAUUCAUGCAUAAAAGUAUGGAAAGCUCUGGAAAUUCUAGCACUUUGAGAUGUAAGGAUGGUUUAAAAUUGAAUGUAGAAAAAUCAGGUGUCAAGGAAAACCAAACAAAGAAAGUAAAUUUUUCUUCUCUCUUCUCUGCUAAGAAACCUGCAAGCAAUAUAGAAGCUGUAACAGCGACAAAAAGGACUCUUGAAACAAAUGUGAAAUUAUCUGGGGCAUCAAGAACCAUCAGACGAGGUCCACUUCGUGGUGACUCUUCAUUUAAGAACUCGGAGGGGAAUUUGAAAUGCAGAGAAGUGAAAAACUUCCAAGUUCUUGUUAUGGGAUGCAAGCACACUUAUCAAAUAAUGCUUCACCUAAAGUUCUUGAAGUAGUUCUCAAGCUUCCUCAAAAAAUUAUAUUGGAGGAAGUACCUCGCUUAAGUGCUUGGCCAACUCAGUUCUCUCAAAAUCAUGCCACAGAAGAUAAUAUUGCACUCAACUUUUUUGCAAAAGACUUAGAAAGCUAUGGAAGAAACUACAAGAGAUUGCUUAAAUGCAUGAUUAAGAAUGACAUGGCUCUCAAAGGAAAUUUGGAUGGAGUUGAUCUAUUAAUUUUUUCAUCUAAUUAUCUUCCUGAAAAUUCUUAGCGUAAGAAUAAACUGUUGUUUUUAUGGGGUGUAUUUCGUGGAAGAAGGCUUAGUUGUUUACAAGACAUACAGAGUUCCCAAAUGAGACAAGAAAGAGAUACUAGGAAGCAGGAUAUGAAUCUCAAACCAUGUUUUCAAGAAAGUAGUGAACAUAUUGUGGACCAAGAACGUGAAUUCAAGAGGAUGAAGAGUAGUUC